AUGGUGAGCCGAAUGGGCUGGGGGGGAGGCCGGGGGCGGCUGGGGCGGUGGGGAGACCUGGGGCCGGGACCUGUGCCCCUCCUCCCCAUGCCACCGCCUCCUCCUCCUCCUCAUCGGGGACCCGGGGGAGGGAGGAUCUCCAUCUUCUCCCUGUCCCCUGCCCCUCAUACAAGAAGCUCCCCAUCCUCCUCUUUCCCUCCCCUCAUGGGCUCCCCCUGCUCAGUGCCGCAGGGGACAGGGGCUUCUCAGCCUUGCCACAGUGCCCUCCCUGCCCCAGCCACCCCAACACGGGCACGGCCCACAAUGACACCCACCUCUGCUUCCCCCUCGUGGGGAUCCCAUGCCACCCCACCCCUGGCCGCGGUGACUCCCCCUCCGUCACGCCGAUGCCUCCAGGACCCUCCUGGGCUGCGGAUAGGUCCUCUGAUCCCCGAACAGGAUUAUGAGCGGCUGGAGGACUGUGACCCUGAGGGGUCCCAAGACUCACCCCUCCAUGGGGAGGAGCAGCAACCCCUGCUUCAUGUACCUGAAGGGCUCCGGGGCUCCUGGCAUCACAUCCAGAACCUGGACAGCUUCUUCACCAAGAUCUAUAGUUACCACCAGAGGAACGGCUUUGCCUGUAUCCUGCUGGAGGAUGUCUUCCAGCUGGGACAAUUCAUUUUCAUCGUCGUCUUCACAACCUUCCUCCUUCGCUGUGUGGAUUACAACGUUCUCUUUGCCAACCAACCAAAUAACCGGACCAGACCUCGGCCAUUCCACAACAAAGUGACCUUGUUGGACGCCAUCCUACCCUCAGCCCAGUGUGCUGAGCGGAUCCGCUCCAGCCCCCUACUGGUCUUCCUCCUGGUCCUGGCUGCGGGCUUCUGGCUGGUCCAACUGCUUCGCUCAGUCUGCAGCCUCUUCAGCUACUGGGACAUCCAGGUGUUUUACAGGGAGGCCCUGCACAUCCCCCCGGAGGAGCUCAGCUCGGUGUCCUGGGCAGAGGUGCAGUCCCGCCUCCUGGCGCUGCAGCGAAGCGGGGGGCUGUGCGUGCAGCCGCGGCCGCUGACGGAGCUGGAUGUCCACCACCGCAUCCUGCGCUACACCAACUACCAGGUGGCGCUGGCCAACAAGGGCCUGCUGCCGGCCCGCUGCCCACUGCCCUGGGGAGGCAGUGCUGCCUUCUUCAGCCGUGGCCUGGCACUCAACGUCGACCUGCUGCUCUUCCGCGGUCCUUUUUCGCUCUUCCGCGGGGGCUGGGAGCUGCCCGACGCCUACAAGCGCAGCGACCAGCGCGGCGCCCUGGCCGCGCGCUGGGGGCGCACAGUGCUACUGUUGGCCGCCCUGAACCUGGCGCUGAGCCCGCUGGUGCUGGCCUGGCAGGUGCUGCACGCCUUCUACAGCCACGUGGAGCUGCUGCGUCGCGAGCCGGGCGCGCUCGGGGUUCGCCGCUGGUCCCGCCUGGCGCGUCUGCAGCUGCGCCACUUCAACGAACUGCCGCACGAGCUGCGCGCGCGCCUGGCCCGCGCCUACCGCCCCGCCGCCGCCUUCCUGCGCGCCGCCGAGCCCCCCGCGCCCCUGCGCGCGCUGCUCGCCCGCCAGCUGGUCUUCUUCGCCGGCGCACUCUUCGCCACGCUGCUCGUACUCACAGUCUACGACGAGGACGUGCUCGCCGUGGAGCACGUGCUCACCGCCAUGACCGCGCUCGGGGUCACGGCCACCGUGGCCAGGUCUUUCGUACCAGAGGAGCAGUGCCAAGGUCGUACCCCGCAGCUCCUGCUGCAGGCGGCCCUGGCCCACAUGCACUACCUCCCGGAGGAGCCCGGCCCUGGCGGCAGAGCCAGCGUUUACCGACAGAUGGCGCAGCUGCUGCAGUACCGAGCGGUCUCCCUGCUGGAGGAGCUCCUGUCCCCUCUCCUCACACCGCUGUUUCUGAUUUUCUGGUUCCGUCCUCGUUCCCUGGAGAUCAUUGACUUCUUCCAUCAUUUUACUGUGGAUGUGGCCGGGGUUGGGGACAUCUGUUCCUUUGCCCUUAUGGAUGUGAAGCGCCACGGCCACCCUCAGUGGCUCUCGGCGGGACAGACGGAGGCCUCGCUGUCUCAGCGGGCAGAGGAUGGAAAGACUGAGCUCUCUUUGAUGCGGUUCUCCCUGGCACAUCCUCUAUGGCGCCCUCCAGGGCACAGCUCUAAGUUCCUUGGGCACCUCCGGGGCCGGGUACAACAAGAUGCAGCUGCCUGGGGCGCCACCUCAGCCGGCAGCCCCCCCACUCCAGGGGUGCUCAGCAGUUGCACGUCGCCUCUGCCGGAGGCCUUCCUGGCCAACCUCUUGGGGCACCCUCUCCUGCCCCCGAGGGACCUGAGCCCCACAUCCCCCUGCCCAGCUGCUGCCACAGCCAGCCUCCUUGCCUCCAUUUCCCGAAUUGCCCAGGACCCCAGCUGUGUGUCCCCAGGGGUCACUGGGGGCCAGAAGCUGGCCCAGCUCCCAGAGCUUGCUUCUGCUGAGAUGAGUCUCCAUGCCAUCUACCUGCACCAGCUUCAUCAGCAGCAGCAGCAGGAGCAGUGGGGGGGUGCUUCAGCCACCUCCCUGUCCAGGCCCUGGUCCGUCCCCUCGCAGCCACUCUCGCCUGAAGAGGAGAAGCCAUCCUGGUCAAGUGAUGGCUCCAGUCCUGCCUCCAGCCCCAGACAGCAGUGGGGAGCCCAGAGGACCCGGAAUCUAUUCCCUGGAGGGUUUCAGGAGACCGCAGACACUCAGAAGGAGCCUCUCCAGGCCCCUAGCACUGACUGA